GAGGUUGACGACUACCGCGUGCGUUCCGUGUGUAUUUCGCCCUCCCCACCGUUGCCAGACCGGAAGCAGAUCUGUAGCCUUGUGGUGUCAGAUGAUGAGGACGAAGAAGCGAUGGACAGAGUGAUGUGGAACCCCAUCGUGGGUUCCUCCGCUCAACAAGCCAUUUCGGCCUUGCGUGACGCCUUUGGCGUGCUGGGCGUGUGGCCCGCCGCCUGGGUGGCCGCGCAACGCGUCAUGCGAAUCUGCCGUGCGAGGCCUGGUCUGAGACUGCUGGAGUUGGGUUGCGGCUCUGGCUUGCCAUCUUUGUGCGCUUUGGCUCUAGGUGCUCAUGUGGUGGCCACCGACCUCGAGGAAUUGCCCUUGCAACUCCUGAAGGCAGCCUUCGAAGCUCAAGAACUGCCGGGUGAACUGGAAACACAACAG